GCCUAAUCAAUGUCAUCAUGGUUAAGUGAUUUAGCUAAUAAAGCAGAGAAUUUCUUAAACACAUUGGAUAAUUCAGCUGCAGAAGUUUUCAAACCAAAUGAACAACAACAACAUGAAUAUCCGUACAAAUCAUUUCUUCGUAAUGAUGAUGCGGAUGCUGUUGCUGCCGCUACAAUCCAUGAUGAUUUAAACAAGACUAGUAGAUAUUAUGCAUUGGAUGAAGCGCCAUUAUCAAUUCGUACUUUGACCGAUGCUAAUCAUCAUCAUCAACCGAAUUCAUUAUUCACCAAUACAAGAUAUGAUAUGCCUGUGACAGUGAAAUCAUUGGAGAUGUUGACCGAUAUUAAUACUACUAAUACUACUACCAUUGGUAGUAGUAGUAGUACACUGGUUGAUUCAAUCAAUAACAACACUUUGUCAACGUCAUCGCCAUUAUCAUUGUCAUCUGUUCAAAACAAAAUAUCCAGAAAUAAAGAAUUGAAAUCUACCACAAAAUUAAACACUUUCAAACAGAAAUCCACAGAUUUAGACUUAUUGGAAUUUUUAAAUGAUAAUAAUAAUAAUGAUCAUACUCAAACAAAAAUUCAGAAUACAGAUCACUUGGUCAAUUCAUUCGAACAAAAAUCAAUAUUAUCGAUUAAUAGUAAUAACCUUGACGCAGAGUCAAAUAGUGGUUAUAUGACAACGUCUUUGUCGAGUAAACACUCUGGUUUGUCUAAUAAAUCAUCUAAGAAUGAAGAAAGUUCCACUGGAAUAACUGUCCACCACGAGCACGAGCAGCUGACUACUACUUCUACUGCUACUACUACUGGUCCACGUGAAGAUUCUUCUAAACAAUUACGUCCGCCAAAAUCUACACUGAUUGGUGAUUUACAGUUGGAGAAUAAACUUUUACGUAGUGAAGUUUCAUCGUUGAGUCAAGAAGUGUCUGAAUUAUUACGUCGGAAUCAUAAAGCUUCUGAAGAAAUUAAACAACUUAAUGGUCAAAUUGAUCAUUUGAACAGUGAAUUAAAAGAAUCUGAUCAACGUAUUCAUGAAUUAUCAAACAUAUCAACUAAUCAAAAAAGUGUGGAAUUAUUAGAAAGCACAAAAUUGAAACAAACUGAAAUUGAAUUAUCAAUUGUACAAAAUAAUUUAAAUUAUGUGACAUCACAAUUAGAGACAAAUAAAUUGACAAUUAAUAAUUUAGAAGCAAGUCUACAUGAAUCUCGUCAACAAAAUUCAAUUGCUGAGAAACGUAUUGAAUUAAUUCAAAAAGACAAUCAACGAUUGGCGCGUGAAUUAAUUGAAUACGAAGAGAAAGCCAAUCAUAUUUUAGCAAUGAAAGAACAAGUGAUUUCUUCAUUACGUAAUCAAAAUGUCACAACAGAACAAUUACAAACUACCCUUGAUAAUAAUGACUACAAUUCAGACAAUGAAUUGUUGAAUUCAAUACGUGCAGAAUGUGAUUUACUACGUGAAGAAUCAAUGCGACGACGUCAAGAAGUUGAACAGAAAGAAUUAGAAUUACAAGAAUCAUUAUUACAAUGGCAAGCGGAAAAAGAUUCAUUACGACGUCGUAUUGAAUUGUGUGAAGAACAAGCCGAACGUGAGAAACAACUUCGUAAAGAAGCCGAUCUUGAAUUAGUUCAUUCCAGACAAUCUAUCCAGGAAUUAGAAGAAACAUUCCAUGCCCAACAAUUGGAUCUACAGAAUAAAUUGAAAUCCACUGAAACGGAAUUAGUCAAAUUGAAACAAUUAUUAUUGUCGGAAUCAAAUGAGAAAUUAUCAAUACAGAAUAAUACAAUGCGUUCACCAUCUGCGUCAUGCUGUGACAAUAAUAGUAACACUGUCCUAUUAGAAUCACGUAUACGACAAUUAACUGAUAAUCUUUUAUCGAAACAAGAUGCAUUAGACUCAGUGUUAGCACAGAAUCAUGCAUUGAAAAUUCGACUUGAUCGUGUACUGACUGAUAAUGAAUCACUUAUUUCUGCUCUACCUAAUUAUGAUCAACAAUCAAUGUUAGAAAAUGGUCGAUCAUAUCAAUUUUCGAUGAAUAGUUAUGGUUGUCAUAGACUUAAUUUACAUGCUACACCAAUUCCGAAACAAUUUAAACCAUUCGCUUAUUAUAUUGACAAUUAUACUAUUCGCUUGGCUAAUACAUUACGUCGAUUUCCAUUAAUUCGUUUGGUUGUGAUGUUAUAUUUCCUAAUGGUUCAUUUAUCAUUGAUUAGUGUAUUUUUACUACCAAUGAAUAACAAUGAUAAAUUCCAUAGGGACAGUAGUAGUAUGACAAUCGUUGAUGCCAGCAGUAAGAGGGAUAGUGUUGGUAGUGGUAGUGGGAGUGGUAGAAUGGCUAUUGACAAUCCGCUUGGUUUAAAUAAAAUUUGAAUUGUAAAGCUUUCAUUCUUUGUUUUAUUUAUUCUCUUAUGCGUGCGUGCGCUCUCUAUCUCUCUGUGUGUGUGUGUGAAACGCACAAUUUGAACUGAUGUUUUCAAUCGGAUCCUAGUGUGCCUUCGUUUUUCUCAGUGUAAUUUUUAUUUCUGUGAUUCGGUAAUUUGUUUUUACCGACCUCUUCUUUUUUUUUUGAAAAAAAAAUUUCAUGAUAUUUAUAUGUUCUACUGAAAUCGAUAAAAAAGUAGUAUGUUGUUGUAUGGGAGGGUAGGCAUAAAUUGUGAUUUUUUUUCGUUUUCUUAUUUAUUCAAUAAAAACAGUUAGUC